AUGCGUGAGAACGCAGGGCAGGUUGGCUGGGCUCCUACACUGGGCACACGCGGUGCAGAUGGUCCUAUUGAGGCUGAAAUGCCUGCGGGAGAGAUGUUCAAUAGGUUAAUUGUCCACGUUUUCCUGAUGAGUCAGCCCGUAAUUGCUGACACCCUCUUACACCCCUCGCUCCCCGUGGCCUCUGGACACGGUGACCGCCAGAUCGCCAAACCUCACGUUCAGCUGUGUUCGCCAAGCUGUCUGACGUGUGGGGACCCGUGCCCGGCAGGGCCAGAGUUCUGUCACGCGGCCGGUAACCCGCCCAGACCCCGGGAGUACUGGGUGGAAUGGGGAAAUCAAGAUGGCUACCGGCCGGUUCGGAAAUGAGGCCGGGGUCAAUAUAGUGAAGUAUUUGAAGCCAUCAACAUCACAAAUAAUGAAAAAGGUGUUGUUAAAAUUCUCAAGCCAGUAAAGAAGAAGAAAAUCAAGCGCGAAGUAAAGAUUUUGGAGAAUUUGCGAGGCGGUCCCAACAUCAUCACACUGGCAGACGUUGUAAAAGACCCUGUGUCGCGAACCUCCGCCUUGGUUUUUGAACCCGUAAACAACACAGACUUCAAGCAAUUAUACCAGACGUUAACAGACUAUGAUACUCGAUUUUACAUGUAUGAGAUUCUGAAGGCCCUGGAUUAUUGUCAUAGCAUGGGAAUUAUGCACAGAGCUGUGAAGCCCCAUAAUGUCAUGAUUGAUCAUGAGCACAGAAAGCUACAGCUAAUAGACUGGGGUUUAGCUGAGUUUUACCGUCCUGACCAAGACUGUAAUGUCCGGGUUGCUUCUCGCUACUUCAAAGGUCCUGAGCUACUUGUAGACUCUCAGAUGUACGAUUACAGUUUGGAUAUGUGGAGCUUGGGUUGUAUGCUGGCAAGUAUGAUGUUCCGGAAGGAGCCAUUUUUCCAUGGACAGGACAAUUACGAUCAGUUGGUGAGGAUAGCCAAGGUACUGGGGAGAGAAGAUUUAUAUGACUAUAUUAACAAAUACAACGUUGAAUUAGAUCCACGUUUCAAUGAUAUCUUGGGCAGACACUCCCAUAAGCGAUGGGAACACUUUGUCCACAGUGAAAACCAGCACCUUGUCAGCCCUGAGGCCUUGGAUUUCCUGGACAAGCUGCUGCGACACCAUCACCAGUCAUGGCUCACUGCAAGGGAAGCCACGGAGCACCCCUAUUUCCAUACUGUUGUUAAGGACCAGGCUCGAACGGGCUCAUCUAGCAUGCCAGGAGGCCGUACGCCUGUCAGCAGCGCCAGUACGAUGUCAGGGAUUUCUUCAGUGCCAACCCCUUCGCCCCUCGGACCUCUGGCGGGCUCACCAGUGAUUGCUGCUGCCAGCCCCCUCGGGAUGCCUGUCCCAGCUGCCGCUGGCGCCCAGCAGUAA